UCGUUGUGCUGAAGGAAACAUCAACAAACCGAAAGUAGACAGGGAAGAAAUACUUUGGACUGAUCAUACUGGGGUUCGUAUUACAAGUGGAAAAUGGCCACUGAUCCUCACAUCACUUGGGCUCAAGAGGUCAUCAUCUGCGACCUUUGUGAGACCCCCGCUAAACGAUACUGCAACAGUUGCCAGGUCAGUCUAUGCUUGGGUUGCAUUGGUAAACAUAUGGAUAGUAUACAGAAUCUGAAACACGAUGUUGUUCAGUUCAAGGACAGAAAAGUACAGCUGGUUUACGAAGAAUGCGGGAGUCACUCUGGCCAAAGAUGCGAGGCCCAUUGCGCUGGGUGUAAGGUUCCAAUCUGCAUGUUUUGUGUCAUUAGUAAUCAUAAUGGACACACUAUCAAACCCAUGAAAGAUGUAGUCACUGAGUUGAAGAGCGAAAUUCAACACGAAACACGGGAUAUUGAAUCAAAUCUUCUUCCACUCUACGAAGAGAAGAAGAAAAAUACUGAUAAAGAUAUUGGUAAAUUAACACAAAAAUUUAACAGUCUUGAAUCAGACACAGAGAAACUAAGAAAAUCAUGGCAACAAGAGGUAGACGCCAUCUUUAACAAACUCUGCUCUUUGAUCAAGUCAAUGCGAGAGAACCACUUGUUUGUCCUGAGAUCUCAUCAGUCCCUUCUUGAAAACCAGAUUCAAGAUAUGACCAAAACAGUUCAGCAAAACAAGGAAAUUCACCAAUCGAACAAGGUUUCAGAGGUCACCAAACACCAAUCCAAGCUGACUGAGUACAAAGAAAUCCCUACAAUCGUACAACAACCGAUACCAUCCCUGAAAAGCAACACUGACCCUGGAAAGGAAUUAACUAUAGAGUUAGGAGAAUACACAGCUACUCUAAAACAGGCAGAGUUAUCCAGUCAGAGAGAUGCCAAAUUUUCCUCUAUGACAACAAGGGAUCUGCUGGACAAAGCCAAAGUAAUUUCUACUUUUCCUACAGGAGUUGAAUCAUUGUGGAGGAUUUCCUGUUUAGGAACUGAUGAAGCGUGGUUGAGUGGAAAGGGCAAGACCAUUACACGUGUCGACGUCGAUGGAUUUGUUCGGGAAACCGUCACCAGCACUUGCCAAAAAACUCCAGUGGAUAUCGCUGUAACCAAGAAGGAUGAAUUGAUAUACAGCGAUUCCGACCAUGGAACGGUUAACGUAGUCAAAAAUGGGGUAUCGGAGACUCUGAUCACUGCACCACGAGGAUGGUCACCAAAAGGACUGUGUUCCACUGAAUCGGGGGAUAUCCUGGUCAACAUGAAUAGUGGAGUCCAAAAUAAGGUUGUCCGCUACAAGAAUAGAAAAAUUGCGCAGGAAAUCUUUAAAGAUGAUAAAGGAGACCUGAUAUUUGGAAAAGAUAAGUGGAUGUUGUUUUUGGCGGAAAACAGAAAUGAAGACAUCUGUGUUUCAGAUUACAAUGCAGAUAGCGUAGUCGCUGUGGAUAAGGCAGGAAGAGUUCGCUUCCGGUAUACUGGCUCACCAGCAGGAGGACCAGAGCCAUUCAGUCCGAGGCAGAUAGUGACCGACUCCCUUGGUCAGAUCAUUGUUGCAGAUUACAACAAUGUCAGCAUCCACAUACUCGAGCAGAACGGACAGUUCAUGAAAAGCUUAGACAAGUGUGGGUUUCACUCACUCUGUGGACUUAGUAUCGACAACAUGGAGAGGCUGUGGGUGGGACUAAUUGACAACGGAAACGUGAAAGUAAUUCAAUACAUGAAAUAAGUAUUGCAGAUUUAAAGGAAAAUUGGAGGACAAUAAUAUGAAUUAAAAAGCAAGAUUUUUGUGUAAGGAUUUGUUCAGAUGGAUAAAAAAUCUUUUUUCACGUGACAGAGAAACAUAAACUUGAAUGCACGUGCUAUGCAUAAAGAAAACACAAUCCAAUACGUGAAAUAAACGUCCCAAAUUUAAUUUGUAAUUGAUUGACAACAUAAAACCAAAAUAGAGAUAUUGAUGGACAAUAUAAGACAGAUUUUGCCAGGAUUUUAAAACAUUUUUUAAUUAUUUGGAUUGAUACUAGUAAUCGUAAACAGGAAUACAAUACCAAAUUUGAAGUGAACAAUAUCAAGGGGACGCUAAAGUGUACUAAACGUGAAAACAUCUGGAUUAAUAAACGGUAUCUAGAACAAUGUUAUGUAAUGUAAAGACAGAUCACGUUCAAAGACGGAAUUUAUGGACAUUGUUAAGGCUUCUGAUAUUUGAUGCGAUGAAAUGUGACUUUUUGGUGCAUGGCUUUUCCGAUUUAUUAUCAAAACUUUAUAUAUAUGAAUAAAUUUCCAGCCCCCCCCCCCCAAAAAAAAACCCAACAUUUUAUUGUUUCCAUAAAUCACUACCUCUUUGGGUUAACGGUAUUAUAUUAUUGCAACAACGUAUUUUUUUAGGUUAAAAAAAAUAACGUUCACUCGUCCUUAGUUUAACUUAUAUAUAUUUAUUAUUAUUGCAACGUCUUUCUUUCUGAAGGUUAAAGAAGAAUCGUGAACUUUUGAACAACAAAAAGAGACAAAUACGAAAGCUGAUGUGAAACACCCGAUCCUUUAUUUUUUGUGAAAUAAUUUUGAAUCAAAUCAACAAUUUAAAAAUUAAAGUAUUUGUUUUUAGAAUAUGAAAAUCGUUGGUAUGGUUUUCCCUCCAUGUCAAUUACAUUGUAUAACACGUUUCACAUACUGUAUAUAUACAUGUAUUAUGUUUGCAUUACUAACUCUUUUAUUAAUAUCUUACAAGUGUAUGGUUGUGAUUCUAUAUGUGCUGUGUAUGUAACAAUUGUUACAAUUGUUAGGCUUUGAAUGGAUAGUUUUAUGAACUUGAAAUAUUACGUCUAGCUUGUCAUUUUACAAAACUAUCUUUAACAGGUUUUUUGUGUUAAAUAUUAAAUAAAUCACAAUUAUAUUAUC